AAAGAUGAAAAGGGUGAUUGGAUAAAAUAUGCAUAUCCUAAUUUGUCAGUCCGGUUUAGUUAUCAGAAUAAAAGUAGUUGUUGCGCGAAUAUAUAUAAAGAUAAGGAUUUUAACAUACGGCUAACCAAAAAAGAUACAAAACUUAUAUGGUUUGUGCUCGCUGAACCAAAGGGAUUUUGUAGCAAUAAAAACAGAAAUAUUAGAGUCCUCUACGGAAACCUCACCGUCAAAGAUAAUAAUUUAUCCGAUAUACAUUUAAAAUGUAAAAAUCUUGCUUCGGACUGUGUUUUGGUUACAUCAAUUGUUUCCAAUGACAAUUCAGUUUUUUAUGGCAUUAAACCUAAAGCUUGGGCGAAGGCUAGAAUUAUAAUAGAUAUUACAAAAGACAAACCAGAGCCUGAUUCAAAACAUGAUAAAGAUGGAUUUGAUGAUGAGGGUUCUGAUUGCGAGAUUGAUGAAGUUGAUGAUGAAACAGAACAAAUUGCUCAAGAUGUCCUCAAAUGGUGCAUAAUCUACACUGAAAAAGGAAAAUAUAUGACUAGUGAAAGUAAUAAUUCUCAAAUACAUUCUUGGAAUUCAUUUGGUGAUUAUCUCGAUGACAGUAUGGAACGUCUAGAAGAGGAUGAUGAUUGGCGCUUUGAACAGCAACCUCAGCUGACGUUAGAAGAAGCAAAACAACAACAUAGUUCAGAUGACGGUGAUUUGCUUGAAGCAUGGAAGGUCUUCAUAAAUUAUGCUAGGAGAGGAGAUCAUACUGCACUUUAUUGGAUUGGAUUUUACCUACAAUAUGACAUUUUAACAGCUUCUAACCUUUUUAGGAGAAGAUUUUACGAUGAAGCUAUAGAUGAGUUUGCCGAAAACGCUGAAACAAACUUACAAGCCGCAAUGAUGCUCUAUAAAAAAUCUGCGGAUACUGGCUAUCCAGAAGCACAGUUAAGGUAUGGUUUUGGUCUUUAUUCGGGACAAGGUGUCCCCCAAGACAAGGGGAAAGCUACACAUUAUUUUAGAUUAGCUGCAGAGAAUAAUAAUUAUAGUGCAAUGUAUAAUUUGGGAAUCACUUUGAUAUUGAAUGGAAGUAGCGAUGAAAGAAUUGAAGGGGAGAAAUGGUUGAUUAAAGCUGCCAAAAACAAACAUCAAAAAGCUAUAGAAUAUUGCAGAGAACAUCAUAUUGCUGUUUAA